AUGGCCAACGAAGCCAUUGGACCAGCCGAAUAUGCCUUGAUACAGGAGUUGUUCAUCAAUCCCAAGAUCUACCUCCCUACACACCCGAAGAAUAUCGCUGAGCGCUUGCAAGAAUCACCACAUGUCAAAUACACGCAACACCUCGACGAAACGCCAGAAUUACCAUUCUUCGCAGUUCCAGAACCCAUUUUCACCCCCGAGAUCGAUCUACAAGACGAGAGUGCCGACGAUAUGCUUGCAAAGUCCAUCCAAGUUUUUCCUCCGGAAGACAUCUUCAAGCUAUCCAUGGAAGCCUCCAUACCACACACGCGAUUUUCACACGCUAUCCUGAAGCUUGAGCUUCCGUCUCUAAGAAGUGACCCGAGACACGACUUCAAAGCCCUCGGUAGGCUAGAAUCCGAGACCAAGUGUCUAGACUUCUUCCGCAAGCCCAACACACUACCUCAUGAGCCUGUCAAUGAUGCGAAGGAUGAGGGUCUCGGUCUUCCGCUCUCUGCGAUACACUUUCACGGUCAGCUUGCGAGGGGAGCCGAGCCCGAUGAACUCGACUACACCGAGGAAGACCUGGCUUACGUUGCAGAGUCUACAUACGUUGAAUGGUCCGAAAAAGACUUUGAGCAGCUGUUUGCCCUGGAGACGGGCAUGAUGGCGAAGCGGGUUGAAGCCAUGACCCCCCCGUUGAUCAUGACGCCUUUCGAUGCAACCGACAACGCAGAGCUAUUUAUUCCAGACGCUGAUUUCUGUGAGAUACAUCAAUUUUCUGACCCGGAAAGAAUUCUCGAGGAGGAUAUCGAGUUUUCUCAACAUAUCCUGGAUGAAGCCUACGAAGAUUUCGAAUUCCUCGAUGCCUCUACGUCGGACAUUGUCGGUAUUCCCUCAGACACACCCAGCUUCGACAUCCCCACGCCUCCUCCACGGAAGAUUACAGCACCGGCUAUGGAAGCCCCAAUCCUUCCCAAGUCCGAUGAUUCCAUACCCAGAAGCGAAGGGGAAGAAGCCUUUCGGGCAAUAAUGCGUGAUACCGCAGAGUUCACCUUGAGGAAUGUUCCAGGACCGUCAAGGUCAAGUCCUUGCUCAGAAGAAGAAUCUAGAUUCAAUGAGCAAUUUAAUCUUCUCUUGACGGAAAAAGCAGACACCAUGACCCGGAAGCUCGAACAAGAACAAGUCGAAGUCAUCGACGCCAUCGCCAGAAUGCAGCCUCCAGUCCUCGAUUUCAGCAUACCCGCAUCAGACUGGCAAGGAGCUGCCCAUGACCCAGACAAAAUGUUCUUCUGGAUCCGCAACCAGAACAUUGUCCUGUUCACAUCAUCAGCAUGGCCACGGAAUCGGCAAGAACAAACGGAUCUGCGAUGGAUCCCUUUCCCAUCGUCACUGGGUCUUGUGGAUGUCAGGGAGUCAGUGGGAGAUGGCGAAGUGUUGCAACAUUUACUCAACGGACGGCGGUCUACAGCACUGCCAACGAGCGCGGAUUACGUGCGGCAAAUACGCACCCUCAAGGUGUUACGUCCCGAGGAUGACGACGAGGAGCUUCCGAUGCCUUGGGAAGAAGACCAAGCUCAGAGUAGCUCACCUACGCCGAGGGAGGAUUUCAUGCAGCUUAUUAGAAAACGCAAACAGGAACAAGAUGCAAUGGAUGAUCCCAUAGAUCAGGAGUCACCCACUGUGGGUGUCAAGCACCGUCGGACCAGCACACAAUCGAAGCCGACAAAGAUUCAUGGACUAGGCCUGCUCCUCGGCGAAAACGAGAGCAAUGCCGCGGGAAAGCUGUUGGCCAACUACAUGGACCUACGAGGCGCGAAACGAGUCAAAAGCCCAUUUGAUCCCUUAUUCCCGACCACGAAACGGAAGGCUUCUCAAGCUCCCGCGCCGAUCGCUAGACAGGUGCCAUCGAAGCCGAAAACAACACAGCCGACAACAAAGAAGGGCCCCAUAGACGCACCGAUCCCGGCUAUCGGGCACACAAACGGCCCUUCGCGAAUCAUCAUCUCUACCACCCUUCCGCGAGAAAUCAUAUCAGCCCUCCAAGCCAAGCUACCCGACAUCGAUCUCGUAGACCGUGACUUCUCCCGACACAACACUCGUGUCUGGUCCCCCGGGAGCGUCAAGACCGUAGAGAAGCCAUCCACAUUAUCCUACGAGGCCGACAUCAUCCCCUCCCCGACGACAGGCAUCAUCAUCACAUCAAUCCUCAAAGUCCGACAAAGGCCUCUCCCAGGAUCCAAGACGCAAUUCUCCCAACUUCGCGAUCGCGUAGCGAGAGUCGCACCGCUCUACGAACAACUCCUCAUCCUCGUCUCGGAAGGCAACCCCACUGCGGAACACAUCGGACCCCUCAACGCAGCCGAUGCCGCGGUGUACACCUCCUUCGUCGCUUUCGCAUGCUCCGUCAGCAACAGCAGCGGCUGCACCAUCGACGUGGUUUAUGUGGCCGGCGGCCAAAAGACACUAGCUCACUGGACGUGCGCCCUCGUCUCGACGCACCUCAAAGAAGCAUCCCACCAGGUGCAGCAAGUCAUCAUGUCGGAAGAGACGGAGUGGGAAGUCUUUCUCCGACACGCCGGCUUCAACAUGUACGCGGCCCAGGUCGCUCUCGCAGUCGUCAAGGGGGGUCAUCCAGUCGCAGAUGUAAACGGUGACGGCGGCGGUAACAAUCACCAAGACCGAACACUCGUACGGUUCCUGAGAAUGAGCUCUUCGGAGAGGGCGAGCGCCCUCAAGGGCUUUCUUGGUGGUGGUAGUCUCGUGGACAGAGUCAAUGCGCGUCUGGGCUGA